AUGUCGCCGCCGCGUCACAUCCUCAAGCUGAGCCUGGCGGAGCAGCGCCAGUUCAUCGAGUCCUUCGACCUGGUCAUCAGCGAUUGUGAUGGCGUCGUUUGGCUGCUCGUGGGCUGGAUUCCCGGCACCGGUCCCGCAGUCAAUGCCUUGAAGGCGGCCGGCAAGCAGAUCAAAUUCGUUUCCAACAAUAGCUUCCGCUCGGAGGAGGGUUACAUGGAGAAGUUUCGGCAUAUCGGCGCCCAGAAUGUCCACGAAGACGACAUCGUGCAUCCGGUGAAGACCAUUGUAAGGUACCUGAAGAAGCAUAAGCCGGGGGAAAGGGUUUUCUCCCUCAUGUCCCUGGAGGCCAACGAGACGUUGCGUAAGCACAACAUCGAGUACGAGUCGCUGAACAUCAAGGAGCACCUGACAGCCGCCUCGCUUGUCGAUUAUCUGGCCAUUGAAAAGCCCGUUGGAGCCGUUCUCUUCGACAUUCACUUGGACCUGUCGUACGUGGAGUUGGCCAAGGCCAUUAGGCAUUUGCAGGAGAACGAUGAUUGCCAGUUGAUAGCCGGGGGCAGUGAUGUCAUUAUGCCCUUGGCAGAAAAUCUGAAUGUGGCCGGUUUCUUUGACUUUUUGGAGCAUGUGAAGCGGUACACCCAACGGGAGGCGACCUUUCUGGGCAAGCCGUCACCCAUUUUGGGCGACAUGUUCAGCGAGAUGUUUGAGAUAAGCGAACCCAAGCGGUGCAUCUUCAUUGGCGACACCCUGGUUCAGGAUGUGCAGUUUGGGAAGGCGUGCGGCUACCAAUCCCUGCUGGUGCUCAGCGGGUGCCUCACCAAGGAGGAUAUGCUGAGUGCUCCGGUGGAGGCGCAGCCGGAUUACUAUGCCGAUAGCUUGGCGGACUUUACCCAGCUCCUGCAGAAUAUAAAUCAAUAGAUUUGUUGAGGCCCGCCGGUUUUCGGUUCUUUCUGAAAGGGAAAACCUACAAACAAAAUACAAAAAUACCUGAAAUAGCAAUAAAAGCUAUAAAAUCGUU